AACCAGCGAGCGAUGAGUGAGAAAUACGCACCCCCACCGGGCCCGCCUCCUACCUGGAAAGAUUCCCAGCAACAGUCGCUCCAAAGAGCAGAUUACGAGCCGCCCUCCGGACCUCCGCCUGGUUAUCAAGCAGCAGCCGACGAUUACGCUCCUCCACCGGGUCCACCGCCCUCGCACAGCGAAAAGGAGCAAGAACCACCGCCAUACGAUCCCUGGCUAGCAGUACCGGACAGCAGCUUCCUGCCACCGCCGCCGUCUUUCCAAGAUGAUCGUAGUCCCACGGCCAACGCUACGGCAGACGAUGCCGAACGAGGCCAUGCCUGGUGUGCUAAGAACCCGCUGUGGCGUCCGACCAGCCAACCCCCGCAAACGCUCCAACGCAUUGCAAACGGCGACCUUCGUUUAACAACGCCACCCAGAACGAAGAAUGUCGCGUCUUACGAACCUGGCUUUGGCAGGACACAUGUCAAGACCACGGCCGCCUGCGGCGACACAAUCUUCCUAUCCGACUUGCCAGUCUACACCGCUACCACGCACAGUCCCACGACAAUCUACUACGAGCUCAAAGUACUCUCCAUGGGCCAUAUAUCCCGCACGGGCGAGGCAGACGCAGGCAUCGCUCUAGGCUUCCUGGCGCCACCAUACCCCUCGUGGCGUCUUCCGGGAUGGCAUCGCGCGUCGCUUGCCGUUCACGGAGACGACGGGAGACGGUACGUCAACAACACGCUUGGCGGGAAGGAUUUCACGCAAGCGUUCCGAAAGGGCGAUGUGGUUGGCAUUGGAAUGACGUUCUCGCCGCCGGUGUAUCAGGGUGGCACGCCUCGGGUUGAUGUCUUCUUUACGCGGAAUGGUAAGAGGGACGGGGCGUGGGACCUGCACGAAGAGCGGGACAGAGAUGCCACGGAGGGGAAUGUGUAUGGGCUUGAGGGGAAGCAUGACUUGCUUGCUGCUGUGGGCUGCUUUGGAGCUGUGGAGUUUGAGGUCAGGUUCCGCAAGCAAGAUUGGCUGUUCAAAUUAUAG